GACUUUCCCUCAUCCCAAUGCUCCCCGUGUGAACAAGUUCAAGCUUCAAAGUCGUAGAAAGUUAGUGACGGUCCGUUGGAAUCUCGCGAGUCCCUUUCGGAUUCACACUUGUUUUAACGCCCCCUCAAUAUCUUAUCACUUGAUCUCUAGUAGAUUACGCGUAGUAUUGUUGUCUCAGGGAGAUGGGAAACAGUUUGGGAGGGAAGAGGAGGGCGAAAGUGAUGAAGAUAAACGGCGACACCUUCAAAUUGGCGACCCCGGUUAGGGUCGGCGACGUCGUGAAGGACUACCCGGGCCACGUCCUGAUGGACUCCGAGGCCGUCAGGCAUUACGGCAUCCGCGCGAAGCCGCUUGAGCCCCAGCAAGAGCUCAAGCCCAAGCGGGUGUAUUUCCUUGUCGAGCUGCCCAAGUUCCCGGAGGAGGAGGAGGAGAACAAGUUCCCGAGGCGGGUCCGGUCCGCGGCCAUCCAGAUGAGCGCCAAGGACCGGCUCGAGUGCCUGAUGCUGUCGCGGAGGGCUGCGUCCGACCUCUCGCUCGCCAGGCCACCGCCGAGCCGGGGGCCGGAGGGCCACAGGCAGCCGCCGCAGCAAGGAGGAGGCGGCGGAGGCGGGGGGCCGUUGACGGUGAAGAUGAGGCUGACGAGGGCGGAGAUGGCAAGGCUGGUGGAGGAGAGCAGGGACGAGACGGAGGUGGCGGAGAGGAUCGUGAGCUUGUGCUACGGUGAUGAGAAUGUGUUGCGACAAGGCGGGUCGAAUUGGACGCAUGGUCACGGUGGCACUAGAGAAAAAAGCAGCAGCAUCAAGUUGCCCGAGAGGAGGGUGAGAUUCAAUCCGACGGAAGGAGGAGAGAUCCGUCCAGAAAUUCAACCCGGGUCGUCGUAAGAUCGAUACGCGCAAACGGGCGCAAGGAUGUCAAGGACGGAGGGAGACACCGUGUUUCGAAAGCGCAUAUUUCCGGGGGCGGUUGAGCAGCUCCUAAAGGGGCCCCGUUCCGGAGAUUCGACUCCGCGUCCGAGUCCUCUUCUCCCCUUUUCACUAGUCGACUUUGAAUUAUGUUUUUUUUCAGUAGCUUUGAUGUUGGUAGUCAAAAGGUUGACUCCGUGAUGCAAGUAGUUGCGUUGCAUAUCCAAGCGUCUAUAGCCGAUAUGUACGGCAGAGUUUCACUACGAAGCCUUUUUGUU